AGAGGCGGUAGAAUAAAUAUUAUUAAGUAGUAUUGUGUGGAGUGCAAACGAAACUGGGCAGAAGUUCCGUUCCGCUAAAUUACGCGCUCACACACACACACAUACACUCAAAUUGUAAACGUCGCAAAUUAUAAAGAGCGCGAUUUGUGUCAAUACAGAUAAACGAGUUUUGUUUUUGGUUUUUUGUUUUUAAUUUAGUGAAUAACAAUUCAACAUGAUUUGCUAGUUCCUUUGUCUAAACAAACAAUUGAAACAACUGUUCAUACUUAACAAUUUUAACAAAUUUUAAAACCAAACAUGAGCGUACGAUCCGAUCGAGAGCCUUUGGUAAACGAGGAGGAGCAUGAAGACGAGCUACUGCCACGCCUACUAGAUGCCGCACAGUCAAGCUCAGAUAUAGAGGCCCCUGCAUUGCCAGCAGGCAAUAGAGGCGGCAGCUCUAGCAAAUGGUUUAUAUUAGAGCCCGCAGUGUUUUUGAUAUUCGUGGGUCGCAGCUUAAUUGGGGCGGUGCUGCAGAAUCAGAUACUGUACCAAACCUGCGUCACGAUCAUGCACUUCAACGAAACCCAAUGUGAGCCGCUGCUGGGCGUCGAUCGAGGUUCGCAGGAAACAAAAAAGCUGGAGACCGAGGUUCAAGGCUACUCGGCGGAUAUCACAAUGGCCAUAUCGCUAUUGGAGAGCAUCAUGCCGGCGUUUGUCAGCCUCUUCAUCGGGCCCUGGUCGGAUAAGUUCGGCAGACGGCCUAUAUUGCUAACGGUUUUCACGGGGUAUGUGGUCGGCGGUGCCAUCUUGAUAGCCAUAUCAGAGGUGACAAUGUUCCGAAACAUUAGCCCCUGGUGGUUCCUGCUCGCCUCGGUUCCGUCCGUUUUGAGCGGCGGCACUUGCGCCCUCAUCACGGGCAUUUACUGCUACAUCUCCGACGUGGCCAACGAGCAGAAACGCGCCUUGAGAAUGGUGCUGAAUGAAGCAUCGCUGUGCGCCGGCAUGAUGAUUGGCAAUGUGGCCAGUGGUUACAUUUACGCAGCCACCAAUUCGGUGACGCUGUUCGGCAUUGCGGCGGGCCUGAUGUUCCUGGCGCUGCUCUAUGUGUACUUCUUGGUGCCGGAGAGCUUGCCGGCCGAGGACAUACAGCAGGGGUCGCGAGUGCGUGAGUUCUUUCGCUUUGGCCUGGUCAAAGAUCUGGUCAGAACUACCUUAUUGCCGCGUGCCAACUUCGAUCGCGCCUUCAUCUGGCUGACUAUGGCGGCGCUGACCAUAACCAUCUUCAACAUGGAGGGCGAGAACACGGUCAACAUCAUGUUCCUGCGCGAGCAGUUCGACUGGACCAUCAAGGACAUCAGUCAGUUCAAUGCGGCACGCAUCGUCAUCCAGCUCAUCGGCAGCGUCGCCGGCAUGAUACUGCUGCGGCGCGUCCUCAAGGUCUCCAUCAUUAGCGUGGCCAUGCUCUCGCUGGCCGCCUGCGUGCUGGAGAGCACAGUGCGCGCCACGGCGAGGUAUUCCUGGGAGAUGUAUCUGGGCAUGACGCUCGGCAUGAUGCGCGGCGUGCUGGGACCCAUGUGCAGGGCGAUACUAUCGCAUGUUGCUCCAGCCGCCGAUGUGGGUAAAAUCUUCGCUUUGACCACGUCCAUGGAAAUGGUCUCGCCGCUGGCUGCUGCGCCGCUCUAUACGUCUGUCUACAAGGCAACGGUGGCCUUCUAUCCAGGCGCCUUCAAUUUCAUGAGCGUCGGUCUGUUCUUCCUCUGCUACAUUCUAAUGGCCAUCAUCUUUGGCAUCCAGAAAUCGUUGAACAAUUCGAGCGUCUAUAAGACCAUAGGCAGCUAACCAAAGAUUACCUCAACCCCGGCUUAGCUCAAUUCGCAAUACCUUAA